AUGUCUGAGAAAUACGAUCACACGUUAGACGGCGAGAAGAAUGCUGUCGACGUACAGGCUGGAGAGUUCAUUGACCCUGCUAGGGAGAAGAAGCUCCUAGCCAAGUUGGAUCUGGCAUUGGUACCCAUCAUCAUGCUGACUUACUUGGCCUGCUUCUUGGAUCGCAGCAAUAUCGGAAACGUGAAAGUUGCUGGCAUGCCCGAAGAUAUUGGUGCAAGCGCAGAGCAAUUCUCGACGGCAGUAUCGAUCUUCUAUGCCACAUAUGUUCUGUCAGAGACGCCAUGGGCUGUUCUGUUGAAGAAGUUCACGCCAAAGUACACGAUUGGUGGGCUUUGCGUCGUCUGGAGUUUGACGACAAUCUUCAGUGGAUUUAUCACCAGCGUUGGUGGUCUGUAUGCAGCUCGCCUUGUUCUUGGAGCCUGCGAGGGAGGUCUGUUCCCAGGCUUGAACUUGUAUCUGACCAUGGUCUACAAGAGAGAGGAGAUGGCUAAGAGAGUGGCCUACCUAUUCGUUUGCACUGCCCUCGCGGGUGCUUUUGGUGGUCUUCUGGCAUACGGAAUCCUCCAAAUGGAUGGAGUGUCCGGUCUUGCUGGCUGGAAAUGGGUCUACAUCAUCGAGGGUAUCUUCUCAGUUGGUGUAGCAAUUGUUGUGUUUGCCUUCUUGCCCAACGACCCCAACACUGCUUACUUCCUCAACGAUGACGACAAGCAGCUGAUGCAGAUCAGAGCAAGGCAGCGUGCAGCCUACAUGGGAUCUGAGCAUUUCAGCUGGGCAGAAGUGAAGGUCGCCUUGACCGAUCCUAAAGUCAUUCUCAGUGGCAUGAUCCAAUUCUGUCAAGACAUUCUUCUGUACGGAUUCUCGACCUUCCUACCAAGUAUCAUCAAGUCGCUGGGUUACAACUCCCUUCAAGCACAGUACCUCACCAUUCCGGUGUACAUCUUCGGUGGUCUCGCAUUCAUGCUCGUCGCUUGGUUCUCCGACCGUACAAGUAUUCGUGGACCACUAGUAGCAUUCGCGAACAUCUUCGGAAUAAUCGGCUACAUCUUGAUUAUUUGCCCAACACCACACGGCGUCAAAUUCCUCGGCACUUUCUUCUGUGCUGUUGCUGUCUACAACGGACCUGGAUUGAACAUGAGUUGGCUCAAUGUCAACGUGGCACCACAAUAUCGCCGAGCUACCGCAAUUGGCUUCCAACAAACCAUUGGAAACACUGCAGGUAUCGUUGCAGGACAGAUCUACAGAAAGAGCCCUUAUGUCCUUGGCAACUCUUUCUCGCUCGGUGCGCUCGGUGUUGCACAAAUCUUGAUCGCUUGCAAGUGGCUUUACCUCAGACACUGCAACAAUGUUAAGGAAAGAAUCGCGAAUGGCGAGGCGGACACCAGAAAGGUGCAGACUGGAGAUGCUGCUACAGACUUCAAGUACCAUCUGUAG